AACACCAGCUCGCAAGACGUCAACUUGGCCAACACAAUAAGAGAGGCGAGAAAAAGAAACAACAAACACUGUAUAAACAGUUGGCAGCUAGCGAACAGACGUAUAUUAAGAGUGGCCAGUAGGCAAAAUGAAAACGUAAAAAACAAUAAUCGCAACCGGCUGCUGACUCAAGUAAUUGCUAAAGUUAAACAGAUAACAACGGCCGACAAACUUUGCCAAAGAGAGAGUAAAACACAACAAUAGCGUGCAGUACUCACCAAUUGGAGCAUAUGGAACAGUAAAGUUAGCGAUAAGGGCGUAAAAUUCGAUAACUAGAUAAUGGUUGCUCCCAAGUAUGAACGUCUCAGCACCGGCGACGGCGACGGCGACGUCGAUGCUGGCAGCGACAUCGACGGGGGCAGCAACAUCGAGGAGCUCGAACUGAGCGCCGACUUGACCCAUAAGAAUGCCAACAGCAUUCAAGAGCGUCACCAGCUGUCGUCGCAUACGAAUUUUCAAUACGCGAAGAGCAACAACAACGGAGACGCCGCCACGUCUGCACAGCAAAAUCAUUCACAUCCCCACGACGGAAUGACGAGACAUGCAGAGGCUCGGUUCAUGCAGAUGGCGAUCGGCACUCUGGCCACAAUUCUGCUCUAUUUGUCGCUGUCCAUCACGCUCACCUUCUAUCAGACGGACAUCAAUCGCGAGCUGCCCUUUCCGCUCACCAUUGUCACGUACCAUUUGAUCGUAAAGUUUCUGCUGGCUGCGCUUGUGCGCAGCAUCUAUAAGAUGCGUGUGGGCAAGACGCGCGUCCAGCUGGACUGGCGAGUGGCGGUGCGUCGCAUGGCGCCAACGGGCGUGGCCAGCGGCAUUGAUAUUGGUUUCUCCAAUUGGGGCCUUGCCCUGGUGCCCAUCUCUUUGUAUACAAUGACCAAAUCGUCUACCAUUGUGUUUAUAUUGCUGUUUGCCAUAUUGCUGGGACUGGAGCGCAAGAGCUGGUCUUUGGUUCUUAUAGUCGGCCUGAUUGGCUUGGGUCUGUUUAUGUUUACCUACAAGUCGACACAGUUCAAUACGCUGGGCUUCUUGUUUAUUCUGUUCGCUUCACUGAGCAGCGGCGUACGUUGGAGCUUUGCGCAAUUCAUAAUGCAAAAAUCAAAGCUGGGUCUGCACAAUCCCAUCGACAUGAUUUACCACAUGCAGCCUUGGAUGAUUGUGUCGCUGUUUCCGCUAGUACUCUGCAUUGAAGGACCCAGGUUGUAUGCUGCGCUGCAGAAUUUGCACAAUACGCCGGAGAGUGAAAUUCUAUACGUUCUGGCCCGCGUUACACUGGGCGCAUUUAUUGCAUUUUUCAUGGAGGUCAGCGAAUUUUUGGUUCUCUGCAAAACAUCCAGCUUGACGCUGUCCAUAGCGGGCAUAUUUAAGGACAUAUGCCAACUGGCGCUAGCCGUGGCCCUGAAAGGCGAUCAACUCAGUCCCAUAAACCUUGUUGGCUUGGCGGUUUGCUUAGCAGGCAUCGCUUGUCAUCUGGUGCAUAAAUAUUCCACCAUGGCAAAGGUAAACAAGCAACAGUUGGGCAUGCAGUUGGAAGAGGAUGGCGAGGAUAUGUGUGCCGAGUAUGACUUCAACAAAGGCAAUGCAAUUGUUGGCGUUCAUGGCAACGCGCCUGGCUCUCAUGGCGCUCUCACUGUCCCGCUGCUGGAGCAGACCGACUCGGAGGAUGAAUCGGCUAAUGAUGCAACAAACAAGCAAAACGCAUCGGAUGUCAUUUUCGAUGUUCUCAAACGGCGCGACAUGCAGCGAUGAGUUGGCUAAUGGAUUACCUAAGCAACCGACUGUAAAGGCAAGCAGCAAUGCAUAGCAUUUUAUUUAUAAUUCUAUUCCAGACUUUCUGGGAAAGUACCCGAACAGUUGUGAUUGUAUACGUGUGACUGUCUGCCUGUGUGUGUGUGUGUGUGUGUGUGUGUGUGUGUGUGACUGCGUAUUAUAUUGGCAGCAGUCUGUCCUAUCGACAGCCGUAUUGUAAAUGUUGUAUAUUCCAAAAGCUUACUACUUAGUGCAACACUUGAACUACAUUCAGAUAUA